UUCCAUUAAGGACUCGGGGCUGGAGGUGCAGAAGUUGCGCGCGGGCAGCCGGCGGGAGCGGACACCAAGGCCGGCGUGCGGGCGCGCAGGAGCCGGGCACGAAUCGGGCGGAGAGCUGGGAGCGCGGCAUGGAGCGUUGGGCGCCCCGUGCCUGCCUCGCCCUGCUGUGGGGCUGCACGCUGGGCGCUGCCGCGGCGCAGGGCAAGGAAGUUGUACUGUUGGACUUUGCUGCAGCUAAAGGAGAACUCGGCUGGCUCACACACCCGUAUGGCAAAGGGUGGGACCUGAUGCAGAGUAUCAUGGACGACAAGCCCAUCUACAUCUACUCCGUGUGCAACGUGGUGGCCGGCGACCAGGACAACUGGCUCCGCACCAACUGGGUUUACCGCGAGGAGGCCGAGCGCAUCUUCAUCGAGCUUAAGUUCACCGUGCGUGACUGCAACAGCUUCCCCGGGGGCGCCAGUUCCUGCAAGGAGACCUUCAACCUCUACUAUGCUGAGUCGGACUUGGAUUACGGAACCAACUUCCAGAAGCGCCAGUUCACCAAGAUUGACACCAUUGCCCCUGACGAGAUCACGGUCAGCAGCGACUUCGAGGCCCGCCACGUGAAGCUGAAUGUGGAGGAGCGCUCCGUGGGGCCCCUCAGCCGCAAGGGCUUCUACCUGGCCUUCCAGGACAUUGGUGCUUGUGUGGCACUGCUCUCGGUCCGUGUCUACUACAAGAAGUGCCCCGAGCAACUGCAGGGUCUAGCCCGCUUCCCCGAGACCGUCGCAGGUUCCGAUGCGCCCUCUCUGGCCACCGUGGCCGGCACCUGCGUGGACCAUGCUCAGGUGCCACCCGGGGGUGAAGAGCCCCGCAUGCACUGCGCAGUCGACGGCGAGUGGCUCGUGCCCAUCGGUCAGUGCUUGUGCCAGGAGGGAUAUGAGAAGGUGGAGGACGCCUGCCAAGCCUGCUCACCUGGAUUCUUCAAGUCUGAGGUGUCCGAGAGCCCCUGUUUGGAAUGCCCUGCCCACACCCUGCCGUCCCCCGAGGGUGUCACCCAUUGUGAGUGUGAGGAAGGCUACUUCCGGGCACCAGGGGACCUGCUGGCAAUGCCCUGCACACGCCCUCCCUCCGCCCCCAACUACCUCACGGCUGUGGGCAUGGGUGCCAAAGUGGAGCUGCGCUGGACGCCCCCCCAGGACAAUGGGGGCCGCGAGGACAUUGUCUACAAGGUCACCUGUGAACAGUGCCUGCCGGAGUCAGGCGAGUGCAGGCCCUGCGAGGACAGUGUGCACUACUCUGAGUCCCCGGACCUGCUGACCCGCACCAGCGUGACCGUCAGUGACCUGGAGCCCCACAUGAACUACACCUUUGCCGUAGAGGCCCGAAAUGGCGUCUCAGACCUGGUGGUCAGCCGCAGUUUCCGCACUGCCAGCGUCAGCAUCAAUCAGACAGAACCCCCCAAGGUGAAGCUGGAGGGCCACAGCACCACCUCGCUGAGCAUUUCCUGGAGCAUUCCCCCGCCACAGCAGAGCCGCGUGUGGAAGUACGAGGUCACCUACCGCAAGAAGGGGGACUCCAACAGCUACAAUGUUCGCCGCACUGAGGGCUUCUCUGUGACCCUGGAUGACCUGGCUCCAGACACCACCUACCUGGUCCAGGUGCAGGCGCUGACGCAGGAGGGCCAGGGAGCUGGCAGCAAGGUGCACGAGUUCCAGACAAUGUCCAUGGAAGGAUCUGGCAACGUGGCGGUGAUUGGCGGGGUGGUCGUUGGCGUUGUCUUGCUUCUGGUGCUGGCAGGAAUCGGCUGCUUCAUCCAUCGCAGGAGGAAGAGCCUGCGGACCCGCCAGUCUUCAGAGGAUGUUUACUUCUCCAAGUCAGAACAAUUGAAGCCCCUGAAGACAUAUGUGGACCCCCACACAUACGAGGACCCCAACCAGGCUGUGCUUAAGUUCACCACCGAGAUCCAUCCGUCCUGUGUCACACGGCAGAAGGUGAUCGGAGCAGGAGAGUUUGGGGAGGUGUACAAGGGGACGCUGAAGGCGUCGGGGAAGAAGGAGGUACCUGUGGCCAUCAAGACGCUGAAAGCCGGCUACACAGAGAAGCAGCGGGUGGACUUCCUCAGUGAGGCCAGCAUCAUGGGCCAGUUCAGCCAUCACAACAUCAUCCGCCUGGAGGGUGUUGUCUCCAAAUGUGAGGCUUGUGGCCAGAGGUGGGGGUUGGGGACCCUCGGGGGCCUGACCCGCAGCGGGGUGGAGGGGGGUUGCCCACGCGGGCCCACAAACAGGAGCUCUGUCCGUCGCUGUGCCCACCUCGUCCACCCACAGCCGUCCCCUCACACCCGUGCCCCCCCCGCCCCCCCCGCAGACAAGCCCUUGAUGAUCAUCACUGAAUACAUGGAGAACGGCGCCCUGGACAAGUUCCUCCGGGAGAAGGAUGGCGAGUUCAACGUGCUGCAGCUGGUGGGCAUGUUGCGGGGCAUCGCGGCGGGCAUGAAGUACCUGGCCAACAUGAACUACGUGCACCGCGACCUGGCCGCCCGCAACAUCCUCGUCAACAGCAACCUGGUCUGCAAGGUGUCCGACUUCGGCCUGUCCCGUGUGCUGGAGGACGACCCUGAGGCCACCUACACCACCAGUGGUGGCAAGAUCCCCAUCCGAUGGACCGCCCCAGAAGCCAUUUCCUACCGCAAGUUCACCUCAUCCAGUGAUGUGUGGAGCUAUGGCAUUGUCAUGUGGGAGGUGAUGACAUAUGGUGAGCGGCCCUACUGGGAGCUGUCGAACCACGAGGUGAUGAAAGCCAUCAAUGACGGCUUCCGGCUGCCCACGCCCAUGGACUGCCCCUCUGCCAUCUACCAGCUCAUGAUGCAGUGCUGGCAGCAGGAACGCGCCCGCCGCCCCAAGUUUGCUGACAUUGUUAGCAUCCUGGACAAGCUCAUCCGAGCUCCUGAAUCCCUCAAGACCCUGGCUGACUUUGACCCCCGGGUGUCCAUCCGGCUGCCCAGCACCAGCGGCUCGGAGGGGGUGCCCUUCCGCACAGUAUCUGAGUGGCUGGAGUCCAUCAAGAUGCAGCAGUACACAGAGCACUUCAUGGCGGCCGGCUACACCGCCAUCGAGAAGGUGGUGCAGAUGACCAACGAUGACAUCAAGAGGAUCGGAGUGCGGCUGCCCGGCCACCAGAAGCGCAUUGCCUAUAGCCUAUUGGGACUCAAGGACCAGGUGAACACAGUGGGGAUCCCCAUUUGAGCCCCAACAUGGCCUUGCACCCCCUUCGGCCAAGAAUACUUGAAGAAACAGAGUGGCCUACCUGCCAGCUCCGCGCCUGGCCACCAAGGACCUUAUUUAUUUCUAGUUGUUCCUCAUUGACGCCACCUUGAGGCUUCUGCUUGGGGGGGUCUUGGACAACACCUUGGCCUAAACUGAGAUGCUUAGGGACCCCAGGCUGGGGGGCCUCUUUACCUACGAAGGACAGCCAGCCAAGCACUUAGCAGGCACUACCAUGUUCCCAGCAUCCCCUGGGGCAGGAGCCCCGCCAAAACCUUUGGACCAACAGGUGGGACGUUUCCAAAGUGACUUCCCUUUUGCUGUCUUAGGAGGUGGGGGGCUUACCCAGUGGCCAAGGGAGCAGGGUACUUCAAGGCACAAUCCACACAAGAAGAGGACAGACCGCGAACUCAGCUGGAGAGAACCAAAGUGGUUCCCCCAACCCUCUAGUGCCUUCCUCAGACCCCCAGGCCCUGUCCUCAGCCCCAGUGGGCCAAACUCUUGCUUCUCUGGGGCCCUUGCAAGCUGCUUGGUUGUGUUGAGGUUUUUUAAGUAUAUAUUUUGUACUUUGUGGAGAGAAUGUGUGUGUGGCAGGGGGCCGGGCCAGGGCUCGGGGCAGAGGACGCCGUGUAUCAGACAUUCCUAGUCUGGAGGCAAGUCCAUCCAUCUCUUGCCGCUUUAGACAACAUUCAUUAUUCCAUCAGUGUUAAUAAUUUUGUUCUGUUGGGUAUUUUUUUUUGAACCUUAAUUUAUUAUUUUUUUAUAUUUAUUGUUAGUAAAUGACUUAUUUCUGCUCUGGAAUAAAGUUGCAGAUGGCGCAAA